AUGAGCAUUAUGAAUUCGUUUGUCAACGACGUGUUCGAGCGAAUUGCUGCUGAGGCUUCACGACUUGCGCACUACAACAAGCGCUCUACCAUCUCUUCACGGGAAGUGCAAACUGCUGUUCGUCUGAUCCUGCCUGGCGAGCUUGCUAAGCACGCCGUUUCGGAAGGAACUAAGGCGGUGACGAAGUAUACUUCGUCCAAAUAA